AUGGAAACAGAGUUGAAACCAUCGAAGGACCAGUAUCGGCCUUAUAGCCAGCUUGAUAGGUUCAGCUUUAGGAUGGAUAGAGGAAGAAUUGGUCACAACCAUAAUGUGGUUAAGCGUAUUUUGAUUGAUCCAGGUAGCUCGGUCAAUAUCAUUCGUUGGAAGGUGGUAGAGCAGCUAGGUUUGUUGGAUCAAAUUGUGCCGAAAGCCCGGGUCCUCAACAGGUUCAACAUGGCAUGCGAAACUACCAAGGGAGAGAUCACUCUGUCGGUGAACACUGCCGGGAUUGUUCAACAUAGAAGAUUCUAUGUCAUUGAUGGCGAAAUGAGGUAUAACGCUAUGUUCGACAGACCGUGGGUACAUAACAUGAGGGCAGUGCUCUCAACUUUCCAUCAGAUGAUGAAAUUUCCGACCCUGAAUGGAAUAAAAACUAUCCAUGUAGAACAACAGGCAACAAAAGAAAUGUUUGCGGUCGAAGAAGCGGUUCUAGCACCGAAGUCAACCACACCCAGGGAUACUGAAGACCUGAACAAAGGUAAAGAUACUAAAUAG